UUUUAUUACAAAAAAGAAAAACAAUCGAGACCCAAAUAAAUGAGAGCGUGGAUUAGUUGACGUGGUUUUUAAAAAUAUGGUUGACUAUGGAAUUUUGUUCGAAAAUAGGUUUGAUGUAGGGUAAUGAACUUGUUUGAAUUUUCAUCUGAUAUAUUGUUACUUACUUGAUUCUGCUUUCUUGUGAUGCAUUGUGGUCUGUGGUGGUGGGUUUGUUUCUUGACUUUGGCUUUUGAUUUUGUGAAGAUUUCUUUGGGUCUUCUCCUCUGCUCUCUUUCAUUAUUUACGGAAGUAAGCUUCCCAUUUUUUUUUUUUUUUUUUUUUGUAGUUUUAAUCUUUGCUUUUUUCUGGGCUCUUUCUGAGUUUGUAAAUAUGAGUAUUUUCAAGCCUUCACUUUUGUUUGUGAUCGAAACUAUGGUUAGGGGUCGGUUGAUAAGUUUAGAAGUGUUUUGGGAUUUUAGGGUGGUUUUGAGGAGGUCUCUGUUUUUGUUUUGUUGCAAACCUUUUCACUUAAUCAUUUAUAGACUGUUUGAUUUCUAUGGUGCUCCUUCUUUUCCUGAUGACUUUGUUAUCUAGGCAAUAUUUACAGAACUGUUUAUUAGUGUAGAAGACCAAGGCUUUGUAACCCAUUAUAGUACUACUUACUUCUAUGAUGUGUGCUCUGAAAUUUUAUGCUAUUUUCUAGUUGCAUUGCAUGUACACCAGGGAUGUAGUAUUUUUUUUUUUAAUUUAUUCCAUACAACCAAAAAAAUGGUUUUACGUUUCUCAACUCACUCACUGCCAGAGUAUUUUGUGUGAAAUUAAGUUUCACUCUGUCUCUACUUAACUUAAUUUUUGUUUUUAUUAAAUUUGAAAAAUGAUCUAUAAAUAGAGGCUUUUUAGCUAUUUCUUUCUUCGUAACAAAUUUCACUAUUUCAGCAGAGAUUGAGAAGGAAAAGCAAAAUAAUAAUAAAAGAAAACUCUAGAGUUAGUUGGUGAGGACAGAGAUGAGAGAGCCCUUUAAGUUUGACAGUGAAGGAUGUGAAAACCAAGAUAAUUAUAAUCAUAAGCUUCUUUCCACCAUUAAAGAUAGAUAAGUCGUUAUAGUACUACUACUCUGGAGUUUCAUGUUGCUGUUUUGUUUCUUUUUCAACUCAAUCCGUUCAUAAAAAUCAGUUUUUCUUUUUAAUGCUCUUUUCGUCUCUAGAAUUUUUUUAACUGUCUACUCUGAGAUUUUUUGUUUGCACAAUUAUUUUGAAUAUAAUUAGUCAGUCUCUUCUUCACUUUACCUAGCUUGUCUGUUUUUCAGUCUGGGGCACAUAAUAUUCAACCAAUUAUCCGAGCUAGCAGGCUGGGAGGCACUGUCAUGGAUAAUGCUUCUAUAAAUAUAAAUAUAUAUUGUUUAUAUACUCAUUCAUUUCAGCUUCACAUUUAGUCAUCCUUCCAAAAGGAUGACCUUGCUCUUGGGACCUCCUGGCUCAGGCAAAUCUACUUUGCUUUUAGCUGUUGCAGGGAGACUUGACAGCAACUUAAAGAAAAGUGGAAAAAUAACAUACAACGGCCAUGAAGCUGACGAAUUCUGUGUACAAAGGACUUCUGCCUAUGUUGGUCAAACAGAUAACCGCAUAGCAGAACUAACUGUCACAGAAACUCUGGACUUUGUGGCUAGGUGCCAAGGUGCAAGUGCCAGGAUUUGCAGAUUUGGCUCGGUUAGAAAAGGAGAGGAACAUUCGUCCAAGUCCGGAGAUAGAUGCAUUUAUGAAGGCAGCAUCUGUUGGUGGGAGAAAGCAGAGCAUGUCAACAGAUUAUGUGAUGAAAAUGCUAGGCAUCGACGUACGUAUGCUCUGAGAUGCUUGUUGGUAGUGACAUGCUUAGAGGCAUAUCAGGUGGACAGAGAAAAAGAGUUACUACAGGAGAAGUGCUAUUUAUGGAUGAAAUCUCUACCAGGAGGCACCGUUUUCUUUACAUUUUCAGGACAUGCCAGUUAAAGGUAAGGUCUGUCACAAUGUUUCUUCAAACAAGAUUACUCUCCGUAGAUGAGACAAAGGGAAACAUUUAACGAGCUCAGAUUGACUUUUUUUUAGUCUAGGCACAUGAUAUUCAAUGGAUUAUCCGAGCUACCUCUCUCUCAUGAAAAUCCAUUGAAUAUUAUGUGCCCCAGACUGAACAAGGGGACAAUUUGUUUAUGCAUUUUUGUUAUGGACAUCGUGCAAUUUACAUCAACGAACUGGCAGCCUCUAGGUGGAUGAAGCUAUAUUUUGCUGAGAUCGGUUCUGUCAACAGCACAGUUGGGAUAUUCUCCAUUCAUAUUACUUACCUACAGAUGAUUAUCCACAACAUUGUGACUUGGAGGGAAGAUUGGUCUACACACAUAGACCAAUAAACUAUUUUCAGGGAAUUAGGCGAAUUCCUGAAAAUCCUGAAGAGAUUACUGCUGCAAAGUUCUGAGGCCAUAGAAUGUGAAGUAAGUGAAGGUCACGAAUAUGAACAGAAGGGAAUGAAAGAAUGUUCCUGAAAGAGAGAAAGAAUAAAACAUUUAUAGGAAACUCAAUAUUUGGAAGUUAGUCUCUUGGUUAUGGUCCUGGUAUGAUUGAAGUUUCAGUCCUGUUCUUGUUGGCUUCAGAUUUCUUUUUUUACUGUCUCAGUCAAGGUCCUCAACUUUAAGAAAAAUAUUGUUCAAUAACCAUAAAAAGAAUUCUUGAGAUAAUAAAUAGUAGUAUAUACUACAGGCUUCAGUUUUACCUGUAAAGAAGUAUUUAUUUAGCCUUAAACACCAAAAGGUCCCUAUGGCCAGAGUAAUCUCCAAAACAACUGUGUA